CAGAAGGUGGCAGUAAUGAGCAACAACGUGACUACCAACCCAAACACCAAAGAAGAAGACGGCCGCGACUGCAGCACGCUCGGUCGUGUUUGAAUCACACUAAUGGAAGCGCGCUUGAUGGGAAAGUAGUCGAAAUUUUGAAUUACUGUCAGUGGCGAAGGUAGGAUCUGAGUGGACUGUACAUAAGAAGAAAUAAACACAAGGGUCCUACAUGGCUGCCCCAACAUUGCAGCAGCCCAGUUUCUUACUGGCCAAUCUGAAGGCCGACUGGAUCAUCAAACCUCUCCUCCAGCGAUGCCAAGAUCUGGUGAAGAUCAUUGAUGAAUAUCCUGCAAAGGAGCUGCACUUGAUUUUCCCCUGGCUGGUGGAGAGCGUGUUUGGCAGUCUGGACGGCAUCAUCGCUGGCUGGAACCUGCGACUCCUGCAUUCACGGAGCAAUGAGUACAACAUUGUAAUGGAGUUUCUGAACCCCAGCGGGCCAAUGAUGAAGCUCGUGUAUAAACUUCAAGCUGAAGAGUACAAAUAUGAAAUACCUGUCAAUUAUCUCCCGGGUCCUGUGAAGGCCUGCAUCCAGGAGGGAGUUCUCCCAGACUGUCCGCUGUUCCACAACAAGCUGCAGUUCCCCCUGUCUGGUCUGCUGACUCUGAACCUUGCUCUCAAUCCAUUUGAAUUCUUCAUGUUCAAUUUUGCCUAUUGUCUCAUCACGCCAAAGAACUACCCUCAAGGCCAACAUGGAAGCUCCACUGAUAGUGCUUACUUUGUGUUAGUGGACACUUACCUCAAGUACUUCCUCCCCAGUGAAGGGAGUGUGCCCCCAUCCCCUUUCUCUGACUCCAGAGGUUCUGUCACUGCACCUUCACCGAGAUCUUCCAGUGUUUCUUUUGCUGGUUACGGCGUUCACAGCCCCAGUCUCCUGAAACAUCACAUAUUCCAUCAACCCUCAGUUAACGCAGACCCCGCAGCCCAGGAAAUCUGGAGGUCCGAAACACUGUUACAGAUGUUUGUGGAGAUCUGGCUCCACCACUACUCCUUGGAGAUGUACCAGAAGCUGCAGUCUCCUCAGGUGAAGCUGGCGCUGCUGCAGUAUCGCCUCAGUAUGUCCAGCAUGCCGUGCCAACCCCACGCCCCACCAGGCUCUGGGACCCUCCACACCUACCAAGUACUUUUACCUUUUCAUUCACCCCCGCCCCUCUGGGGCCUCCUGGAGGAACCCUUCAGCCCGACAGAGGAGCACGUACUGGUGGUGCGUCUCCUGGUGAAACAUCUGCAUGCCUUCUCCAGCAGCCUGAAGCCCGAGCAGCUGUCCUCCUCACCCUCAGCCCACUCGCACACUCACACCAGCCCGCUGGAGGAGUUCAAGAGAGUGGUGGUGCAGCGUUUUGUGCAGCAGAAACUGUACCUGUUUCUCCAGCAUUGCUUCGGUCACUGGCCUCUCGACGCCUCUUUCAGAGCGGUGUUGGAGACAUGGCUGAGCUACAUCCAACCGUGGAGAUACACAGGGGAGAAGACCAAUUCUCAGCCAGACCAAAACAGAACAGUACCGGACAAAUGGGAGUCUUUUGUUCAGGAGAACCUGCUCAUGUACACGAAGCUCUUCCAGGUUUUUCUGAACAGAACCGUGAGGACAGAUCUGGUUAAUGCCAAAAAUGCACUGAUGGUCUUCAGGGUGGCCAAAGUCUUUGCUCAGCCAAACCUUGCUGAGAUGAUCCAGAAAGGAGAGCAGUUGUUUCUGGAGCCAGAGCACGUCCUCCACCACCGCCAACCCCGUGGCUACCUGACGCCGAGCCAAGGAGGCAGCUACCUGUCGUCACGGCAACGUGUGAUGACAGAUAUGGUAUUCAGGGUGAAGAGCCACGUCUAUGCUUUGGAAGGCCAGGACUGCCAGUACAAACAGAUGUUCGGCACUGAGCUCAGAGGAGCGGUCAUGAAGUUAAUCCAGAUAAUUGCACAAGCCAGACAGACGGCCAAGAGGAUAUCGGAUCACUCCAGUGAGGUGGCGGCCAAUAACUCGUUCCUGUCCUGGUUUGGGAUGGGCUCUCCUGAUCUCAACAACACCUUCUCCGGGGCCGAGCCCGAGGAGAGUGGAGAAUGUUUAAAAAAGACCCACGAAUUCCUGGAGAGAGCUUUGGAGAACUUGUGUCAAAUCUUCAAGCUGAACCAAGGGCAGCUGACUCAGCUUAUAUCCAACCUGGGUUCUUCCCAGGAUGAUGGCAACUGCAAGCAGCUGCCAGACUGCAUCCAGGGAGAGAACGGACUCAUUCUAACUGACCUGGGCAGGAGGCAGAUCAUAAGUGGACUGCGCAGGUUUGACAUUCAGUAUCAAGGAGACCCAGAGCUCCAGCCCAUUAGGAGCUAUGAGAACGCCGUGCUGGUCAGGCUUUUCUACAGGAUCUCUUCUCUGGUUAAUGGGAGGUUCGGAGGACACAUGAAUGCGCUCUGCUCGCGUCCAGACUUCCUGGGUCGCCUGGGUCGUCACUACUUCACGGAUUCCAGUUCCACCACAAAACUAAAGCAGAGCCCGACGUCCCGGCGGACGUUAGAGAGGAAGCACCAGCCAAGGCUGAGCCUGCGCCCGCUGGCCAGCUACAGGACGAUGCUGCUGCUGCUGCUCUUGUACGUGUUAGGAGCCCUCCUGUCGUUUGGCCCCAUAUCCAGCACCCUGCUCAUCCUCACGGGGGGAUUCCUGUAUGGACUGUUGAUGACGCUGUUUGGAGACAAACUGAAAACACACUAGCUGAGAAACAGGGUUCCUACACAUGUCUGGGAAAAAUACACAUAAUGAAUUUGAUCAAUUCCAGCUUCGAAUGUUUUGCAAAAAAUGUGUGAAAACUAACGAACUAAGUGUUGAGUGGUCCCAUGCAAAGUAUGAUGAAUAAUGUAGUAUGUUAUUGAUUUAGCAGUUUGCAACUAACGAUUAUUUUCACAAUUGAUUAAUCUGCAAAUCAUUUUCUUGAUUAAUCGUUUGGCCUAUAUAACACCAGUUUAAAAAUGUCCUAAAGCCCAAAGUGAUGUUCUGUUUUUUUCCGACCAACAGUCUUAAACCCCCAAAUAUUCUGUUUAACAUGAGGAAAAGACGAGGAAAAGCAGCAAAUUUUCACAUUUGAGAUGCUUAAACAAGAAAAUGUUUGGAGCUUUUACUUAAAACGAUUAAUCAAUUAUCAAAAUAGUUGCCAAUAAAGUUUCUGUCGAUCGACUGAUCGACUAAUCAAUACGGAUCCCUGUAGAGAAAUAUUUUAGCUUGCCUCCUGUUACAGUGAAGAUCAGAGUCGAUGCCUGUGGGGAAUAAUCCUGUUAUUCUCAUGAGGUCUAGAGUGAUACGGCGCGCUAUAGUGUGAAUGGUCUAUUUCUGAACGUUGAGCAAAAUCUUCAGAUAUCCAGGACUUUGUAAAGGGACAUUUUGAAAUGGGACAUGUAAGAAACCUGUUGGCAGUAGACUGGCAGCUCUUUGGUUCUUGCUUUUGAUAUGACUUGCUUGACUUGUUUUUAAAUGUGGUUCACACAACCUUGUAAAUAAAUACAGAGCGUUGCUACUCUUUUUGUUAUUUUUCAACAAGCAUCUGAGAACAGGUGCAGGUCAAAACAUUCAAACUGUGCUGAUGGAAUAAACUGAAUAUUUUUCUCAGUGAAAGCAGAAUGCAUAUAUGUCCAAAAGACUCAAUAAAGUGUUUGCACUUG